AUGAACGCACGGGACGGCCCGCGGCCGCAGAAGAAGCAGGGAUGGGAAUGCCCAGCGCCGUCCGUGGAGGACUGGGCAGACUACAAGCAAUGGCUGCAGCAGCAGGAGCGGAAGGACGAGCUCCCCGCGGCGCCGCAGAUCUUUCUGGCAGACAUCGGCCUGCUCUUCCACCAGGACCCGGAGGUGAAGCUGCCGUGGAUCCACCGGGUGAAGUGUGAGCUGCCGCGCCGCGUGGGGCGGCUGGCGGGGGAGCUGCCGGUGAGGGCCAGCUACAUAGGCUGUGCUCGGGACGAGCCGGAGGAAGGCUUUGAGGUCUUCAAAGAGGCCAUGGCGGAGAUCGGAAUCAUCCUGUGCCGACAUAUCCACCAUCCUCCCAGCCGCUUCGAGCUGGCCCACCUGGAGCAGUCGGACCUGGUCCUGGUGGACCGCGGGGCCCGACACCGGCUCUGGGAGACCUUGGGCACCGACAUGGGCGGCAACGAGGUUGCAGAGCACGUGAAGUGGCGCUACUUACAAGGUGCCGUCAUCAUCGCUGUGGGCGAAGCCAUGAGCAUGCUCGGGGAGAAGUCGUGGUAUUGCUCCACUGUGGACAGCUCGGUGAUCCCUUUCAAGGGAUGGGGCAUCUUCCCCCACAUCGUGGCGGAGGAAGAGGGGCAGGACCUGGAGAGCUUGGUGGAGCAGCUGGGGGGCGCGGGGGUGGUGAUUUUGGGCAUUCACCGCGGGGGCGGGAUGAUCUUCAACAAGGACGGGCUGGUGGAGCCCGCCAAGCAGAUGGUGCAGGAGUACCGCUGGGACUGGCAAUCAAGCAGCGUGAAGCAGGCGCUGCUGCUGGGACCUCCUAGGAACACCGGGCUGCUGUGCCCCCUCUAUGCGGCCAGUCAAAGGAUGGGUGAGGAGGAGGGGCUGGAGGAUGCCUAUUCCUAUGCGCUGACGAUGGAGGAGGAGCAGGAGGAGGAACAUUUCAUCUCCAAGUUCGACCCCUUUGACCAAUGGCUGGAACCGCAAGUGAAGCAGGACGUGGAGGCGCUGAAGCGGCAGGGCAACGAGGCCUUCAAGGCCAAGCGGGCAGACCUGGCGCUGGUGCACUACGGCCAAGCCAAGGUGUUGCUUGCAAGCUCUUCGAAGCACUGGACAGAUUUGGAUGUGGCCUUCAGGAAGGCAUUCGAGGAGAAGCAACCACAGGAGGCCAAGCUGGGCAAGAAGGAGGACUACCAGGCCUCGACUCUGAGACUCUCCUUGGAGCUGAACAUUUGUGCCAGCAGCUUGCUGGCUCACAGCCAGGACCUCGAGCGUCGCAAGUCGACGGAGGCGGAGCCGAAUGCCGGGCGGCCUAUUGUGGAGGAGCCCGCCCCAGACCCAGGCGACCAAACCGCCGAUUCCACAAUGCUUGUGGAAGUCAAGGAUAACCUGGUUGUGGCCUUCAGGGCGGCCAACGAGGCGCUGCAGCUUUCCACCGCCAGAUCUGCGAAGGCGUGGUUCCGCAGAGCCGCAGCUUUUGAGCAGAUGCGCGACUACCGCAACGCGCUUUUGGACCUGGAAGAGGCCUUGCUACGAGAACCCGGAGACAAGGCCAUCGCGAAGAAACGCAACGAGAUGCGGGACCUGGCGGGCACUGUGGCUGAGAACAUGUACUAUGCCCGCCACAAGGAGUUGGACCUUCAAGAGCAGCGCCUCAACCUCGCCACCCGCUGCGCCCUGCACCUGCGGGGCUUGUUGGGCUCGGACACCUAUGAAGACAAGAGCGCGCAGUUCGCUGUGCAGCAGCCCUUGGCGCGAGUGGUGGAGAGCACCCUGGAGGAGUUGGACGGACGACCCCAGCUGAGCGAGGGCCUGACCGCAUCGGACGCGCCCUACCUCCACACCCACGCCCUGUGGACGUGGGAGUUCAUGGUGCAGCGCAGCCCGUGCCUCCGCAUCCUUUGCAUCGAGGAUGUGGACUUGGGUUCUGGGCCGCUGGAGUGGCUUUGCAAGGGUCUCCGCAGCCACAAGGAGAUUCAAGCCCUUCACUUUACUGGAGUGCAUUUGGGACCAUCUGGCGCAAAGAUGAUGCGCAAUGUGCUUGCGCAGAACACAUCGCUCAUUGAAGUGAAGCUGGACAGCUGUGGUUUGUUGGACUCUGGGCUUGCAGAGGUGUCGGAGGGUUUGAAGGACCACCUGGGGCAACUGGAGUUCCUCUCUCUGCGCCGGAACCUGCUGACGAGCAAAAAGCUGGGCAAGCUAGCAGCGGCUCUGUGUCGAGAAGACCCCUUUCUGGCCCUAGGUGAGCUAGACUUGUCGGAGAACCCCUUGGGUGCUGCAGGCUGCAAAGAGCUUGCAAAGGUGCUAAGCUCCAGCGAGCACAAGCUCAGAGUGUUGCGACUGAAGGACUGCCAGGUGGACCUUACGGGCUUCUGGCGGCUCGUGUCGAACCUCGACAACGACCGGUCCCUGAGCCAACUGGACCUCCGGGUAAACCCCCUGGGCCGGGGUACGCGGCGCUGCUGGCGGGGCACUAUGGCCCCCAACAUCCGCUGCGAGGUGCUGCUGUCAGACCACCCCUUGAAAGCUCUUCGAAGUCAAGUGGUGGAAGAGCAGACCGCCUCAUUUCCGCUGCCCAGAUGGUGGGUGUGA